CCACAGUCUACUUUUGUUAAAAGGAAAGUGAUAAAGUAUGGAGUUUACUUGUCAUGGCCCAAAAAGUUAUUAUUUAACAUCAGCAAGACGACUAGAAAACAUUACAAAACUAUCAUGUUCUGCAACAUUACCAAAGUUGACAAAAACACUAUAUCCACACAAGCGCAUCAUUUCAACUGUUGGUUUCCGACCAGUCACAUAUUAUUCAACAACUAAAUUGGAUUCAAAUUAUCCAUUAUCUCAUUCACUUACUACAAGUAGUGAGUCAAAAUUAACACAAUUAAGCGAAAUUUGUGGCUUACAUGUACCAUCUAUGUAUUCAGCUACACAUAAUGCAUUGUAUACACAUUAUACACCGAAAGAUUGGCAUACUGGUUAUAAUCAUUUACUGCUAGUAAAUGACAAAGAUAAAAGAGAUUCAGAAUAUCUACGAAAUGAUACAAUCCGUUUGAUUGAUAAUACAGAUGAAAGGAGUAAAAUGAAUGAGAAUGAAUCAAGUCGAAUUCUAGGUGAUCACAUAUCAGAUAUUGUAUUCUGGGAGAAUGAAUUGACUAAUGAAAUCGAUAAAAUGGUUAAAGAGAAUAAUAAUUUAAUACAAGCAAAACGAAUUGCUGAAAAAUUUUUAGUUGAAACUGAAAAUCAAAUAUAUAUAGCCAAAAAGUGUUUGUAUCAUCAAGAGGAACGACAAGUAACUGAUCUAGUGCAUGAUAAUGUUGAAAAAGCUCUACUAGAAGUAAUAAAAGCAGUUCAAAAUACACAGGAACAAUUACGCGCUUUCAUCGACCGUGCAAACGUUCAAAUACAAUUAAAUCAUGCAAUGAAGUAUGAUUUAGAAGUAGACUUAAAAAACAAAUUUACCGCUCAACAAAUUGAUGAAACAGCUAUUGGAAUGAAAAACAGUUCGGCUGAUGUACACUAUUAUAAAGAAAUUGAGUUAAUUAAUCAGUGUAUUUCAGUUCCAGAGAAAUGGAAAUCACACGUACAAGAUUUAUUAAAUCGAAGUUGUGCUGAAAGAGCUGCAAGUCAAAAAUCACGUGAAAAUAUUGGAGAUGGUAUAUCUCGAAUCAGUCAAAAUCUUUCUGAACGCUGGAAUGAUGUCAAUGAAGCUUUGGAGCAACGAAUAAGUGAAGUAACUGAUGCACGGAAAAGACUGCAAUCUAGUUUAGGUUCAACAUUACAAGAAAUUAUAAAUACAGAGCGGGAAAUUGAAUCAAUAAAAAAUGCUAUUCGUGAUAAAGAAGUCUACCUCAAAAUUGCAACAAGCAGAUUAAAUAUACGUUUACAAAGAUCUGGUAUGGAUCUUGUUUGUGAUGCAGCACAAACUCAAUUGAAAUGUGAAGUCGCACAACUUAAAGGUACCAUAAAAUCAUUAAAACAACAAUUGUUUCGUGCAGAAGAUAUACUUCAGGAAUUAUUGCGAUUGAAAAGAGUCAAAGAAUCCGAACUAGCGGUAAAAAAUAACAGCAUAUUUAUUGAUCGUGAGAAAUGUUUAAGUCUACGAGCCAAUUGGCUAGUAAAUGCUUCUCAUGCAGUACCAUACCCAGGAUUCAGUGAGACUGCCCUUAAUGUCGGCAGAGAUACAGCUAGAACAUAUGUUUGUUAUUAGAUAGAUGGUGACGACAAAAGUGAAAAAUAAAAACUACUGUUUUGUUUUUAUAUUCAGCCUACUCCACGGAAACACCUUACUACUCUUGUCUGUGCAUAUACCUUGACAGUGAGUCAAUUAAAACAUUUCUUUGAUUUACAGAGUGAUAGUAAUAUGAGAUAAUGAACCCAGCAAAAAAAAGAAUAUGAAAUGUUUAAAAAACAUAACAAUUUAUUAAGCGAAAUACAAACUUCAUAAUGUAUUCUUAUU